AUGGAUAAGCUCUCAUCCAGCGAGAUCAUCAAACGAGACGAAACACACCUUUUUCCAUCCCUCUACUUGGGCAUCGUUGGCAGGAAUGAAGCCACGGGCAGCCGUGCGAGCAGCAUCCAUGGAGGAUACAAGAUGGGAGGAGAAUGCAAGAUGGGUCAUUACCUUUCUGCCCUUUCCAAAACCCCCACCAGGGCGCACGGGAUACAGCUGUUCGCUGAAGUUGUUGGUGGGCAGAACGAGGAAGACAUAGAGCUUGAUGGUCUGGGGAUACCCACCGUCGAGUUGUGCAUGAAGCAUUCAACUGAUGAGUGUAAAAGUAAUACACGCAAGAGGAAACGCAAGAAGAAGACCACUGCUGUAGAAGGUGCGCCUGCAAGGAAGGUCCCGUGGUACGAAGAGUGGGAGGAAGGUGAAGAUCUGCGUAUCAUGAAGGAGAGCAGGGUCUGA